AUGAACAUGAGACUCAUGGAAGGGAAAUCGCAGUUGUCACAUCUACAGUGUUGCAAUAUACCAAAGAGCAUUGACAGUUGCAGUCUCGGUGCCAUGGGCCUCUGUGAACCUGUUUCAAUCCUGCGUCGAGGCAGGAGGAAGGCGAGACUGUUGGAAGCUAUGGGGCUGCAGUUGAGAGACAUCCAGGUAUUGUUUCUGGUACUGAUGGUUGUGAUUGAACCGUUUCUUUGCUGUGCCGCUGCUGCUGCUGCUGCUGGUGGCGUGGUCCCCCGAACGAGAAUGGCCCCGCCUGCAGCCGACGACGAUUCCUUGGUGACACUCACGAACUGCUUUCCCACCGUUGUACUUAUUAAUUCCGGCAUCCCAUACACCUGCGAACUGUGGAAUGCCCAAAAACUGAGUGGCUUGAAGCUCUUUGCUUCGUACUACAACCCAGUUCUUAAUUCUGGCUGGCCGGCGAUUCUUGAUGCGGGAGCUAAGACCAUUAAAUUCGUGCCUACUGGUGGCCUGCCUUCUUCAGGACAUUGGGAGUUGGUCUUCACAUCGUUUUCUGACGUUGAAAAUUUAUAUUUUCCUGUUACGACCAAUAAGAGCAUGGAUAUUAUGAUGUUUGGUGAUACCAUAGCGAAUUUCGGUGCACUCUAUCCGUAUUACGGUAUGGGCGUAUCGUGGGCACCCAAUCUUCCGAGAGGCACCAUUGCUUCCGACUACAUGCUGGUUCGUUCUUUCAAUGACUGCCGGUACACCACUACAACCUGCACUGACUCUGUUGGGUGCCACAUAAUGACGCAACCCGCGCUUCUUCCCCCUCCAGGCAAAUAUUGGCUCUGUGUGACGUCAAAUGACUGGCAUUCCCAAUACCUUCCGUGGGGUGUGGAAUCUCUUGAGGUGAAGGUGCUGUUGGCCACGCCGCUGUACUUGACAGCUGGCAAAGACAGAAAUGUCGUGCUGCAGGAUGCGGAAUCUGUGGUCAGUGUGUUGAGGUAUGUGCUCCUGGUGCGGUGCCCUGACAACAACUGCCCCCGUGUGACUACUGGCAGUGGGGAAGAUGUG